AGGCUACCACAUUGUCUCGAUGGACGAUGUGGAACACACAAAGCCAGCAUUGCCGGUGGUACCAGAUAAGUGUGGACCACCAACCAUCAGUUUGAACUAUCUCCUUGAUUUCGCUAUUCAGCAGAUCUAUCACGAGAUCACUGUACUUUCGGAACUCUUGCCAAAAAAGCUUGAUGGAGAUCGAAAGAUUAGUCUUGUGCAGUUCGCACAUUCUACUCGAAUGCUUUUUGUCAAAUUGCUUGCAGUUGUCAAAUGGGUAAAAUCGUCGAAAAAGUUUGAAUCAUGUGCCGCAAUUUGCUACCUUUUGGAUCAGCAGUCGCAAUAUUUCAUCGAGACUGCUGACCGUCUAGUAACAAUCUCCAGAGAGGAGCUUGUGGUUGCUCGUCUUCCUGCCUUCCAAGUGACUUCUGCUGUUGAUGUGCUAACCAAGGGUACCUAUCUUCACCUUCCCACCAUAAUUCAAGAACGAUUUACGCUAAAACCGAAAAUCUCCCCAGUGGAUGAAGCAAAUGUUUUGCUGCGACUCAAUCAGGUUUUGCAAUAUCGAAUAUCAAAAGUUGCUUCUUCGUUGUCUCCUCGUAUCAAAGGAAUUGUUGUGAAGAACGGCAUGCUCAUUCUUACCAUUCCUGGAGAGUUUGAAGUGCAUCUGACAGUACUCGGUGAACGAGAGCAAACUCCGUGGACGCUUUUGAAUAUAAAAAUGCUUGUCGAAGACUAUGAAAUCGGUUAUGGAGCACAACUCGUGCAUCCUCUGCAGCUGAAUAUGCUACACAACGUGCUGCAGUCUAGAAUGGACAUUGCGAAGAAUGCAAUCAAUGAAGUAUACAAUUUCUUGCACGCAUUUGCGCAGUCAUUGCAGUUAGAUGUUCUCUUCUGUCAAGCUUCACAGCUAGCUGCAGGACGGUUAAGAAAUAAAAUUGUUAUUGAAAAAUACGACCCAAAAGAACGUAUCUUGUCGAUUGGCUAUUGGGUACAGCGGAUCGGAAGUCUUAAGAAACCAGGGCUGGGAAAUCACGUUCGAUAUGUGCCCCAGUAUCGUGUUACUAUAUUCAGCGAUGGGAGUGAAGACGCAGUCCUAAAGGUGCGACAUUAUCCGAUUGCACCGGAUCUUGGACAGUUAGACGAUAGGACAGGGCGCCUUUCGAUUGAUCGUCUUUUGUCGGAAACAUUAGUCGUACGCUGUCGUGAAAGGUUGUUGCGAAUACGAAAACGAUUGAAAGCAGCAAAGCCUCUGUCGAUAGUUCUUUACGCUGGUUCCGCUGCUCCAUGCCUUUGGCUGCCUCUUCUUCGAGACAGUGUUGAUUCUCGCGAAGAAUGCGUAGUCAUAUCUGUGAACAUGUUUACAGGACGCGUGCUGUGCAGUUUGGAUGCAAUAGAGUUUCUCCCUGGUUCCGCCUCUGAGCUGAAGGAGUUCGAGGCUUCUCUCUAUGAUGGACAGUCCAUUGAUUUAUUGCGAAAACGGAUAGAUCGGUUGAAGGUCCUUUUGAUGAUUGAACGAUAUCGACGGUCAGUUGCCACACUUCAAGUGCGCAUCAUUAAUGAAAAUCAGAUGGCGCCAUUUUUCAAAAAGGUCCAUUCUCUCCCAGCUGAUCGUAUAUGCCUGCAGUUUAUCAAGGAAGAGCAUUUUUAUUUGGUCGUGACUUUCGUUUCAAACGAAAAUCUGACGGUGAAAAUGUCCCUAUAUCUAUUAUGCACGCUCGAUGAGAAAGUACAGAUGAUGGAGCUAAAUAAGGAAAAGCGACUAAUAUCUGCCCCCAUCGAUGGUAUCGUGGACAUUGAAGCUAGAACAUUUGGCCGUUCUGAGCAAGAUGAUGUAUGGACACAAAGCAUAAAAAGUAGUCGUUUGGAACCGUCGAUGGUAAGACAGCUUACCACUGCGGUGGCUGCUGUUGAUGAUCGAAUAUCGUUCAUGCGAGUGUGUGAGGAGCUUGAUAAGAAGAGGAUAGGUUAUCGCAGCGUUGAAGAAGAGCCGCAUGUUGGUGGUUUGAUUCUUCACAUCACUGAUGUUUCUAAUGUGGUGGAUGUGCGUUGUGCCGCCUUUCUGCGGAAUAUGGCACGUUGUUGUCUGCGUUUGGAUAGCCGAGCAAGAGUGAUCUGGCCACUGGAGUGCUGCAUGGUAAACAUUCCGCUCGUACGAGACCUCAGUCCCUACAAAAAGGGAAGGAAGACGGGAGUUUGGGUUCACGAACAAACGGGUAUCUCUGUGGGUGGGCCUGUCGAUACCAUCGCCACGUCUAUCAUCGAGCGGCUCACUAGAUAUUCAAAUAUCUACGACACUGUAAAUAGAUUCGCCAAGGCUUACGAUGCUCACUACAAUAAGUUCUGCAGCGUGCAAGCAUACACCUUCCACAAACUAGUGAUUGCAUACGGUCGAGAGCGUGACCAACAACUGAUUGUGUCUUUUCGGCCUCGCAACACCACAAAUGAUCGUUUUAACUUAAACUUUGGGCAGACUCUUCCUAUCUCGAUUUAUGACUCUCCCGAGGUGAAUUUGCAAGAAACAACGCGGUGGAACGCUCACUGUAUGAUGGCAACUAUCUUGAAGGAGAAGUUCAAUGCGAAGUCCGACUUGACCGAGCUCGUGCAUUACUUGGUGACUACAAGCGAACCUUUGCACUCACUGGCAUUCUUCAGUAGAAUACGAUUCCAAUCUUGUAAAGUGUUGGCUCAGUUGUUCAACGUCGAGAUUCCAUAUCCGUUAAUUUUGAAGUUCCACCUCAUGCCAAUCAAUGAGGUUACUCUGCGUUUGACAUAUGGGCAUAUCCAUCUGGAGUUUAUCAUGCUAUCCGGAGAUCAGGUGGCUAUUCGGGAUAGUUCUCGUGACAAACCUCGCUGUGCAGGACUGCACAAAUUUUUCCAUUUGUUAUCGAAUGGGACUGCCAGAUCAUGCAAGGAAAAUGAACAGCGUUUCGCUUCCACUAGUUCUCCUGCUCAGCCAGCAUCUCUGCCACCGAACAUAGUUGAGGCUUCGCCCGCUGGCUUAUUAUCGUCUGCAUCUCUGUCAGUUCCACCAACAUCAGAUGCUUCGGUGGUUUCCCCAGCUACAUUCGGCGUUCCAGCAGAACUGGAAACUUCUUCGGCUCCGGUCGUCAUAGAUCAUGAUACACUUCGGCGAGCGUUCCAUUUCACCAAAUUCCCCGGUUCCAACCUUCUGCAUGCUCCAUUGGAUGACUAUCUGAACUCGCUAUGUUUCAUUCGAAAGUUGACCUUGGCGUUCGAAGCGCAUAUGCGACAUCAAUCUGCUGGACGUGUGCCGUUCAGCGACAUCAGAUCUGGAUUGGAUUAUGUGCGUGUCACUGUGCCUGCAGCUGUGCCACCACCACAGCGAAGUGAAACUUCAGCACCUCAGACACCACAGCAACUUGGUGGACUGGUGUCUUUCAAUUUUUACUUGGAACCACACACGUUGUGUUUGAAACUGAAUGUGGAGUACAGCAAAAACUCUCCACCUCCAAGUGAUUUGGUAAUUCUGGAACGAUACUUUGAAUACGUUGUCAGUCGUCUGAACAACGAACUGGCCGUUUUCUCUUUCAUCAACUUGUGUCGAAUGGUAGCAAAUGGGGCUGUGUCGAGCGUAGCACAGCUCAUGAAUGCACAAAUGGAUCCGUCACCGUCGACAUAUUGGAACGUAUCAAUUCAACUGGUUUGUUUGGCGAGGGAUCAGAGCAACGCUAGUGCAAGGCGAUAUCAGAUUGGAACGGUGUAUGAUGCAAACACUAUUAAUGUUUUGGUUCUGAUUUGUUUCCGACCAAGUCGUGUAACGGCGCCGAAAAGUAACGAAAAACAUCUCUUACGAAUCAUAUACAAUAUGCAGACCAACACUGUCAAACAGCACGGCACCGAAGAUGAAUCGAUGUCGUCAGUGAUGAUGGCUUGCUCACAAGAAGCUGCAAGAACUGGCGAGUGUCCGUUGUGGCCUGCGAUUCGACAGUGUCUGGAUAAGGUGUCAUCAGCCAAUGUUGCUGGAAUGCCAGCGUCAGUGGGCUACAUGCCAGGUUCUGUUGGAGGCCCGGUAUCUGUGGGACCUGUCGGUUCGGUAGGAAUCGGCCACAAUCCAGGCUCCAUUGCUAAUCCUGGCUCUAACACAUGAACAGUGCGGGUUUUUAUCGUGAUUUUAGAAGUAGACACUAGUGUUAUUAGAACUUACUUACCAUUAUGUUAAGGUGAUUUCGGUGACUUCCUUUUACCGUUGUUUUUGCUGCGCGUUUUGUUUAUCUAUGAGGUCGAGUCUCUUCUUCUCCUUUUCGGUUUCCGUGUUUGCUGUUCUGAUUUGCUGUCCUCUGCACUACUUCAUCUACCUUGAUUUAUCCUUAAGACUGGUGCCAUGUGAUCUCUUACCUGAGUGAGCAUUGUUGAGCUGGUGGUAUAUAGUAGAGCUCACUUUAGUGGCAAUUUGUUUUUUUUUAUGCUGUAUUAGUACUGCGUUCACAGAUUGUGUCUCUACUUUGUACAUAUUGUCAUUUGAUAUUGCUUGGUGCAUGAUAAAGUUAAAAAGUUGCU